CGCAACAGUUGCCUGAGGCGGCCAACUGCAAAUUGCUCGCAUGACUAUUCUGCGUGCAGUCAUUGGGCUCAAGCACAGGGCGCGUAGGUCAUGACAUUCUUUGCGGCUUCGUCGGGUGAGAUAUUUGCAGAGGCUCGCGUCACUGCCAUUGAGGACCAUGACUUUUCGCUGGGGAAGUUGUCGAGCAGUGUUGGUACAGGCAUAUGCUUCCUGGAUCACAUGAUAGACCAGUUCACCUCCCACGCCAUGGUUGGAGUGACGCUGCGGUGUGGCACAAAAGGGGGCGAUGCCAAGAACUCCUGCGCUUUCGCCCCGCUGCAGGACUACGCAACAGGCAUGAAGGAUCGGCCUCACGACCGCGACAUAUUCAUUGCUUGUGGCAGCGCGCUGGGUCUGGCACUGCGUGCCUUGGUGGAGAAGGUUGUCUCCACGGUCGGCAGCGAAGCGCCAUGCCGAGGCGGCAGGGUGGUCUUCUGCGCGCCCCUCGACGAGUCGUUCAGCGAGGCGGCGAUCGAUGUACUUCCCGUGGAGGACCGGAAGGGCAGCUGCGCCGUGUCCUUAGAGCCAUACGGCACGUUCGCUGGCGGCGGUGCUGGGCGGAGAUGGGUGGGCCGGUACCGUACUGACCUUACGCCAGCAUUUUGGACUGCUUUGGCAGCGGCCAUGCAGAGCGACGUCUCCCUUCGCAAGAUUCGGGGCGGCAACGCCCACCACCAGCUCGAGUCGGCCUUCAAGAGCUUUGCGCGUGCCCUCCGCGCGGCGCUGGAUCGAAUGGUCGACGGAGGCUCCCACGGCUGCGCAGAGCCGUCUGCAGACCCCCGAGCGCCGGCAGGGCCCUGUGCAGAGCCCCGCGUGGCGGACCGACAGCGCGCCACGAAGGAGACCUCCAUAGAGAUCCGCGUCAACUUGGACUCUCCGUGGCGCUUCGAGGACCCACCGCAGGGCUUCAUGGCCGCAUGGACAGGGAAGUGGACGACGGCGAGUACACUGCGGGCAACCUUGCAGCACACUUCACGCAUCAAGACAGGGAUCAGGGUGCUGGAUGACAUCCUCGUUGAGUUCGCCAAGGCAGCGGGCGUAGAGAUCGUCAUUCACUGCGAGGGCGAUCGGCACAUCGACGACCACCACACCGCCGAGGACGUGGCGAUCACCCUCGGCCAGUGCUUCCACGAGGCGCUGGGCGACAAGGCGGGCUGCGUGCGGAUGGGCUGCGCCGAGGGCGAGAGCAACGGCGCCCGCGUCCGCGCGGUGCUAGACUUGUCCAACCGCCCGCACUUCGAGUCGAACCUGCCUCUUGACGAGGAGUACGUCGGGCACGGCGACGGCGCCCCGCACCCCGCAGAGCCGCCCGCGAAGAAAGCCCGCCUCGAUGGGGAGGCUGCCGAGGAGGGCGGCACCCCGGCACCCUGUGACGCGCUGUGCGGCGCGCUGCUGUCCUGCGAGAUGCUUUUCCACGUGCUCAACUCCUUCACGCUCGAGAUGCGGUCCUCUUGCCACCUGGAGCUCCUCAAGGACGACGGCGCGCCGGGGCACACGUUGGACCUGGCGCUGGCUGCCGCGCGGGCCUACGGCUCGGCGCUCUCGCGGGCGGCGCGCGUGGACCCCAGGCGCGGUGGAGCCGUCGCCUCGUCUAAGGGCACGCUAUCCAAGUGAAGUGCCUCUCGGUCUGCGGGUCGCAGCGGGCAAGUGCGAGUUUGGGGCGGAUUCCCCGCGGGUCCAAAAUCCGUCCUCGUUCCCUCG